GUAGGUCUAACAAAUAACACAAAACAGGGUGGAAACCUCCAAAGAAUCCUUUUGGUAUGUUUAGAGAAGCUAUCUGCUGAAGGAGCUGUCAACUUCACCAGCUCAUUACCUUUUGUAAUUCAUUUAAAUAAAAAACUAGUUAAGUUCUUUGAAUUUUUCCUGUUCUUUACAAAGCAGCUCUUUGACAGGUAUUAUCUGUCCCACCUAAAUUCUUCUGCAAACUCACUGUGCCUCCAAAAGAGCCUUGUACUUUCUGAGCAACAGUAAAGACAGCUUUGCAGAAAAAGCCCACUUCCUUUUCUGUUCUUCAGGUCUUUUUCCCUCCUAACAUUUCCAUCAGUUUGAUGUUUUCUCAAACACCAGGCCACAUGUGCUGUCCUGAUCACGGAACCACACCAAGAUCAUGCUGUUUCUUUCUCAGUGCUUGCUUAAUGUAACUCUUUAAGACGUCCCAGUAUCACAUUUGUCUGAUGUGUGUUCUACAGGGAAACAUAGCUUCUGUUAGCAUGGUUAUGUUUGUUCUUUAUAUGCAUUUAACAGUGGCUUUUUUGGCCAACUCAGACUGGAAUAAUAGAGCUUCAGUUAGGACAACUAGAUAAUUUGAUGAAUGCUUGUUAAACUCUGCAGUUGAUCUGAAAACAACUCUGGUGUGUAGGUUAAGUGUUAGCUAGGAGAGGGAGACCCUAUCCAAGCAAUCAUUGGAUAGCUUCUCUAGCAAAGUUUAUGAAAUGCAUUUUUCAAACUUCUCUAAGCAAAAGUGAUUGCUUGGCUGUUUAAAAACUAAUUGAUCAUGUCUUUUGUCUUCUCCUUCUCCUCCUCUGUAACUCUUCUGAUUUCCUGUGUGACAUUUAAUAACAAAUCAUAAGACUAACAAGGAUGGAUUUCAAUUCCUGUGGUUUAUGGAUCAGUUUAUUAGGCCAGAAAGGGAAGGUGCAGUAAAGAAUGUGAACACUUACUGGGAGCAGCACGGGUUAGGAGAACUAACCUGGGAUGGGAGUCUGGGAGAAAAAAGAAGGAUCUUUCAAAUCAGGUACACCUAAGUUCAAAUCAGGGCUCUGCCAUUUACUAGCCAUGUGAAUCUGGAAAGGUACCAGAUCUUCUAAGGUCUUAGUGUCCUCAUCUGUAAAAUGGGGACUGUAGGAUUUACCUUCCCAGUGUAGUGAACAGCUUCUGAAUUAUGCAUUGAGUGUUGCCUGGCACUUAUUUUCUGAGUGUCUACUAUUCCUUCUUUAAAAGGCAGAAACUUGGUUCAGAUCAAGUCACUUAAUCUUUCUGAGCCUCCGCUUUGCCAUCUGUAUAAUGGGAAUUAUAACAUAUUAACAUGAAAAAGCUCAAAAAAAUUUUAAUCAUAUGCAAGUAUAUGACAUUUCACAAAGGCUUCCUAAAUAUCCAGGAUAUGAACUCUGCUGUAGCUUUUUUUACAUUUUUUUGGUGCUUCCAAAACAUCUAUUUGCUAUUAUUAUUACUGUAUAUUAGUUAUAUCUCACAAAUAUUGCACAAUUAGUGGGAAAAAACCCUUAUCUUAUUCACAUUUAUAAUCCCUACUAUAAAUAUAUUAAGAGCUUGGUAGAUGUUGAUUAUAUAAAUAAUUCUCUGCUUUGCAAACUAAUAUAGCUUAUAGCAUCCUAAUGGAUUUACUUCACCUUUAUUGUUUCUGUAAUAAUUUUAUUUUAACAUUUUAUAUUAAAUGUUAGAAACCUAAGAUACUUUUCUUAAUAACUGUAUUUCUUGUAGUAGAACUGAAUUAUGUUCACAGAUGCAGGAUGUCUAGGAGUUUUGGUGUCAAGAAAAAAAAAUUGUAUGUUCCUACCCUCUUUUAUUAGAAAAACUAAAAAUUCAGGAGAAUUUCAAAUUUGCAUAAUAUUUAUAGUUUUAAUUUAUUUUGUGUAUACAAAGAGAUAUCACUUAUAAAAAUGUGCUGUUGCAGUCUAUUUAUAAUUGAAUAUUUAUAGUUGAAUAUAGUUGAAUAUUUAGAUGGAUUUUUCCCUUUCCAAUAAAAAAAUGUACUUUUUUAACUUUUUAGUGUCUUGAAGUCACAGAGUAGAGAGUAGCUUCCUCUAAAACCUUUAGAAUUUUUCCUAUAUGACCUAUAAGACUUGAACAACCAGAACAGUAACCUCUUUUCUGACUGUUGUCCACUGAUUAUUCAUUUGGUGGGCCUAGUUUAGAAGAAGGGAAUAUACCCAGCAAUUAACCAGUAGUCAUUAAGGGAUAACCUACAAGCAAAUGAAAGGCCUGCAUGCUUCAUUUCACCUAUUAAAAAAAAAAAAAAAAAGGAAGGAAAGGAAAAAGGCAACAUCUCUUAGAAAACUGGAAUUUAUUUUGCACUUGAGUUCUUAAUCAUUCUAUUUUGGUUUUGUUCAGUGUAUAGGAAUUGCGAUAACCUGAUAUUGUGUUCAUUUGUUAUCAGUAAUUUCCAUUUGCAUUCUUAUAAACUGAAUAAAGGCUGUGUAAGUGACGAUAGAUAUAUAUUAGUUAUCUAUUGCUGCAUAACAAGUUGCCUUGAACAUAGGGAUGUAAAACAAUAAAUGUUUGUUUUUUAUCUCACUAGAUUCUUUGGAUCAGGAAUCCAGGAAUGUCCUAGGUGGGUGGCUCUGGCUCAGAAUCUUACAUGAGAUUGCAGUCUAGACGUCAUCUCAUGUUAUAAGUAGUCUGUGUGAAGGCUUUACUGGGGCUGAAAGAUCUAUUUUCAAGGUGGUUUGCUCACAUGCCUGGCAAAUUUGAGCUGGUUGUUGCCAGGAGACCUGUUUCUUACCAUGUGGACCUUUCCAUAGGGCUACUUGACCAUCUGCAUAACAUGAGCAAAUGAUCAAAGGGCAGGAUAGAAGCUGCAUCAUCUUUUGUGACCUAGCCUGGAAGUCACACAUCAUUUCCAUGAUACCCUUCUGGCUAUACAAAUUAACUCUCCUCAUAGUUGGAGGAGAAUAUUCAAGGAUAUGAAGACCAGGAAGCAAGGAUCUUCAGGGGCUAUCUUAGGCGCUGGCUACCAAACCAGGAGAAUGCCUAAUCUAAUAUGUGCAAGUGUCCAGUGAAUGUUCAAAUAGCCUUAAUUUUAAUUUUAUCAAAAAUAAUAUAAAUUGGGGUGUAGAGGUUUUCAGUUUUUACAUCUUUUGCUCCAAAUUGCAUGUGUUGGUAUACAUUGGUUAUUGGUUCAUUUCAAUUACUUAUAUAACAGAUACCUAUUUUCGAACAUGUAGGCAUAGGAGAAUUCUAGGUAAAAGAAAUCAUUUAGCAAGGCAGGACUUUCAUUGGUGAUAAGCUCAGCACCACUGAAUAACCUGUUGCCAUUCUGUAAAACUCUGAAUUCAUCAAGCCCUCAACAGACAUUUACUGAGCACCUCUUAUGUGCUAGGCAAUAUGAAUACAGAUAGCAAUGCAAAAUGUCUCUGUGCUCAAGGAAAGGGAAACAUUUCAUUAUAAUUAUGCCAAAUACUAUAACAGAGGUACAUACUACAGAUGAUGAGGUCAGUUGUUGAAGAACAUGGGCUCUGAAGUCAGUCUACCUGAGUUCAAUUUCCAGCUCUCUUAUUUAUUAGCUAUCUGACCUUGGACCACUUAUUCAACCUUUCUAUUCUUUAGUUUUCUGAUUAUUCCCUUUUUACAACUUACCUUCCUCAUAGGGUUGUAGGGAUUUAGGAAACAGUACCAGUGAGUGCUCUUAGCCAGCCAGAAUUCCUGGAAUGAUCAGUUUGGAUGAGGGAAGAUUUCCAGAGAAUGUGAGAUGAUUGAGUUGUUUCUUGGAGGGUAAGUUGGAGUUUGGUCAGCACAGAAGAUUGGUGGAGCCCAGGGAUGAGAUGCCAGCAUGCAGUAGAGCUGGAGCCUGAGGAGCUGAGCAGGGGUAAGGCUGGGGCCUGUCAUGUGGUAGCUUCAAGGGAACGACUAGAAAUGAGUUUAGACAGUGGCAUGCAAGGAUAUGAAGUCUCAGGUGGAGCCCCAAUACAUUGUAAAUUUUCUGAGAUUAUCUGUUUAAAUAUCAAAUUUCUUGCUGUCUUCAGAUUGCUAGAUCUUAUGUCCAUAUUUAUGGUUAGGAAGAAAUUGUCACCAUAAUGACAGGCCAAACAAAAAAAUUUGGACUUUUUUGUGGAGGUUUUAAAAACAGUAGAAUGAUAGGAUUUGCUCUUUUAUUUCUUUGUUUGUUUUUAAAGUGGUUUGGGCAAUGGGUUGAGUAGUUAGGAUGGUUAUAGUAAUCAAUGGGGAGAGGGUUGAGGCCACGCAGGAGACUAGAGAGGUGAGUACAAGUAUACCGGAACCUGGCCCUUCUUGUCAGGUUUGGCAUUUCCCAUAGGCAUCCCAAGCACAUUCCCGGGACCCUGGCAGGACUAGGACACUUCCCAUCCUUAUCUAAAGAACCUUGACUCAUCCAGAAUUUUGGAAUUAUAAGAAUCUAAGAAGGAGAGAUUUUAAUGUUAGCAUAUAUCUAAGUAUCAUUUUGAAUUACAUAUGAGGAAAUAGGCACCAUAAUCUUCUUGGCCUUUAAAUGUCUGGCUCUAGUCUUGAUAACCUUAUUUUAUGGAUAAAAGAGGAUAAUGAUUAUGUCAAUUUUAGAAACUCCUUAACUGCCAACUUCCCACUUUCAAAAGUUUUUUUUGAAAACAAAACUAAAAAGAGAGAUGAGGCUUUAAAGAAGAAAAGAUGGGUAAGAAAUGAGAUUUUUGAUUUAGAUAAAUAAGAAUCCCUUUGCCAACCAGGCUGACUUCUAGAUAGCUUCUAGGCCCCAGGGUGGGAAUUAGAGUGCUUAGUCUAUUUAGCCUUUCUCACAUGUCUUUUAAUUCAUCUUCCAAUACUCUCUCCCAACAGGGCUGACCCUUCAUUGCUUUUUGGAUGACAUGUUCCACGGACAGACUCUUUUACCAGGACACACGAGCCUCCAAUUUGUGUUUUUCUUUUAGCUUCUUUAGGAGGUAGUUAGGUCUAGUUGAAGCCAGAAGGCUCUAACCCAUCUAACAUAAAAUGACGAGACAGGAAUUCUUUGAUACCUAGUUUGCUUAAGGCUUAUUUAUUUUCAUUAGAAAGAAUUUUCAUGUGAAUGCUUCCCUCUUUUUCUUUUAAAACUUAGAAGCAUGCACUAAUGCACCUUUGCACUACAGCUAUAACACUAUUAAAAAAUAAUCCAGAAAUGGAUGGUAUUUUAUAACAACUAUUAAGUUGUAUGAAAUGUUAGUGUAGCAAACAGACUGAAAGACAGUGUUUCCAUUCAGGGUUAUAUAGCCUUUCAGGGAGAACCCAGCUAUGGAAGGGGAAAUUUUGAAGUAACUUAUCCCUUCCUCAAUUAUGUUUGAAAUUUAUAUAUUUUCUGAUAGCUUGCAUCGUAUUUGGGUUCAUUUUCCUUACACUAUCUCUAAUUUGACAUUUCAUAUUAUUUCAUAACUAAGAAUUUAAGGAUUGUAACUUUUUUGGUGAUAGUUUUUAUUCAUGAAGUACUUUAGUGUGAAAAGAAAAUGGUUGAUGGAAGAUGGUCUUGUUAUUAAAGUAAACCUUUCUAUAAAUAAAUGCAGAAACAUCUGUUAAGGGCAGAGUCUGAAUGUGGCAGACAUCUGAAUUGCGUCAAUUCCCGCCUUGUGGCCAAAUUUCUUAGGCUUUCUUUAUAACUAAUGGCAGAGUUUCACAUUCUCACAGCAUUAGGCAAUAGAAUGGGCAAAAGAACUGGUGCCAAGUUACCCUCUUUCUUGGGUUAGCUAGUGGUAAUAAUUUAUACUCCCUAAGGAAAAGUGUGGCGUGUUUUUGUUUUUAUUUUUGAAGACUGAAAACCUGAAAUUUCUCCCUCAACAUCACUUUUAGGUGCUGGCUUUUGGCAGUUUUCCAAAUGUCUAACUGCUAAACUGCUCUCAAUAAAUUAUUGUGGUGUUGCAGUCAGCUUUGGUCAGGAGAAAGAGGGCACAAAGUCUUUCCUAGAACACCAUGGGCCCAUCAAAUGACCUUUUUGAGAAACAGCUGAGAUUUCUUUUUCAAUGGCACAAAAACACUAAUUGAGAUCAAACAGAACACAAACCCACCCCACAAAUACCGCAGUUCAAAUGAGGAAGGGAGAAGGUUGGAGAGGGGAGGAAAAAUUGUUCUUCGGAAAACUGUUUGAAGCUAAGGGCUUAUGUAUUUUGUUCUUGGAUAAUUAGAAGUUAAAAUGGGGUGAUUUAGCAUUUUUAAGGUAAAAAUUAGCCAGGACUGUAAGAACACUGUGUACCUUUUCAGGUGCCUGUGUAGUUCCUCCUAGAAUACCUGUCUGGUGCUCCACUCUUCCUCAAGACUACCUCAACACUCCUCCCACUUGGGGACUCCAGCGCCCUAAGCUGACUACACAAGACUCUGCCUUCCUCACAUUUCCAUAGCCAGCGACAUGACCUGACACCUUGAUGACCAGUCUCAGGGCCCUUGGGUGACUGGCUGGUGCACCAUGGAACUUAAAGUAUGGGUGGAUGGAGUUCAGAGGAUUGUUUGUGGGGUCACCGAAGUUACAACUUGCCAGGAGGUUGUAAUAGCCUUAGCUCAAGCGAUAGGUCGAACUGGAAGGUACACUCUUAUAGAAAAAUGGAGAGAUACUGAAAGACACUUAGCGCCUCAUGAAAAUCCUAUCAUAUCCUUAAACAAAUGGGGGCAGUAUGCUAGUGAUGUACAGCUAAUUUUACGUCGAACUGGGCCAUCUCUUAGUGAGCGACCCACUUCAGACAGUGUGGCUCGAAUUCCUGAAAGAACUUUAUACAGGCAGAGUUUGCCCCCUUUAGCCAAACUGAGGCCUCAGAUUGACAAAUCAAUCAAAAGGAGAGAACCUAAAAGGAAAUCAUUAACAUUUACAGGAGGUGCCAAAGGAUUAAUGGACAUUUUUGGAAAGGGUAAAGAAACUGAAUUUAAGCAAAAGGUGCUGAAUAACUGCAAAACAACAGCGGAUGAGUUAAAGAAGCUGAUUCGGUUACAGACAGAGAAGCUUCAAUCCAUUGAGAAAGAGCUAGAAUCAAAUGAAAUCGAAAUACAGUUUUGGGAGCAAAAGUAUAAUUCUAACCUUGAAGAGGAAAUUGUCCGCCUGGAGCAAAAGAUCAAAAGAAAUGAUGUAGAAAUUGAAGAGGAAGAAUUUUGGGAAAAUGAAUUGCAGAUUGAACAGGAAAAUGAAAAACAGCUGAAGGAUCAACUUCAAGAAAUAAGACAGAAAAUAACAGAAUGUGAGAGCAAAUUAAAGGACUAUUUGGCUCAGAUCCAGACUAUGGAAAGUGGUCUUGAAGCAGAAAAAUUACAACGGGAAGUUCAGGAGGCACAAAUCAAUGAAGAAGAGGUUAAAGGAAAGAUUGGGAAGGUCAAAGGAGAAAUUGACAUUCAAGGCCAACAGAGUCUGAGGCUGGAAAAUGGCAUUAAAGCUGUAGAGAGAUCUCUUGGACAAGCCACCAAACGAUUACAGGACAAAGAACAAGAACUGGAGCAGUUGACUAAAGAGCUGCGUCAAGUCAAUCUCCAGCAGUUUAUCCAACAGACAGGGACAAAAGUUACCGUUUUGCCAGCGGAGCCCAUCGAAGUAGAGGCCUCACAUGCAGACAUAGAAAGGGAGGCACCAUUCCAGUCCGGGUCCCUGAAGCGGCCCGGUUCAUCUCGGCAGCUCCCCAGUAAUCUCCGUAUUCUACAGAAUCCUAUCUCAUCUGGUUUUAAUCCUGAAGGCAUAUAUGUAUAACAUUAUCUGUCUUCAGGGGAGAGACCCAAUGAAGGUACCAAGGACAGUGAAAAUUCCUUCUUUGAUUUGUGCCAAUGAUGAACAGAGGAUAUAUUUCACAAGCCACCGUAUCUUUUUUCUGUCCUAAACUGCAUACCACUUGGAGCCAUACCCUGUGCACUGAUGCUAAAGAACAAAGAAACUGUGUUUUCACACAUCAACAGUGUUGACGUUUUUGUCCAGCAGCUGUAAUGCAAAGCCUUCAUUUUUAUUUGUAGCAUUUUGAGAGCAUUAGGAAAGUAUUAUACUGUGUGUAUACAUAAAUAAAACCAUGACAAGAGUGAAGAGAAAUACGUGACUGGCUUAGUUUAAUUUAUUCCAUAUAAUCGAUUAAUGGGUAAAUGUUGAUGUUUUAAUAUUUUUUAUUAAUACUUAUCCUGUGACCUAAUUACAUUAUAUAUGGUGUGAUUAUGACUGUGUGCAUGUUGCCAGACUCCAUCCAUACAUUGCCAAUUUACAGCUCUACAGGUGUCAUAGGGUGCUCCACCAUCAAAACUAAGUCUUUAAGAACCCACUUGUAUUUAUUUUGUGUACCUGUCCUAACCAUUGCUUAAUUAGAUCCAGUCAUUCAGGUUUUCUUUUUAAUCUGGACUUUAAUCUUUUCUUUACAAUAUUUCCAGUACAUGAAUGACCACAUAGCAGAAUAGAAAUAUUUUCAUGAGGUUAAUUGUAUCUUUAACAAACAAAAAUGUAACUGUUGACUAUCCAAACAGGUGUGGGGUUUCCUGAUACAUUAUGUGUUUUGUUUCUGCCCUGCCUUAAUCACUUUAAUCUCAUGGGUCCUCAAGAGUUGCCAUAAUACAUAAGUUAGAGAUACCUGGUGGGUCUGCUUCAGAAAGGUUACUUUAAGUGAUACAUUUUUAAAAUGACCCACUUCAUAUGUAUGAUCUGUUGGUGUAAGCACCCAUGGGCAAGCUUUCACUUGCACAUAAUUUACUCUGUACUUUAUGAACUAUUGCUAGUUCUCCAAUCGCUUAGAGAGAAAGUAUGUUGGAGUUAGGUACUUUUUGCAAAGGAAAUUAAGUUAAUCUUUUUUUUUUUUUCCCAUUUUUGAGCUUGACUUUUACAUGUAGGACAUGAGUCUCCAUUUGUACAUAUAUUUUCUCUAUUUAUAAAACCAAAAAUGAGUCAACACCUCUCCCAUGAGUGGUGACUUAACUAAGAUUCACAAGUAAUAUCUGGAUGGAUGUGGUCAGAUACCAUUUAGCCAUUUUUACAUUCCCUCUGAUCAAAAUUUGGUACAGUAUAAUUAAGACUUUAAACUGAAAUUUAAAGUAGUUUUUAAUUCUGAGGAAAAUAUAUUCUCUGUAUUACAUGCAACAAAGUAAAAGUGGAUUAGUAUAUUAAUGCCAUGGUAACAAUAAAAAGAUGUAAGUUAUAUCUUAUGCAUGAGGGCAACUUUGGAUGUUUUAACACAUUUGACUUAUUUUUGGUUUAAUGAAUGCUGAGAAUGCUGCAUUUAGGUUUCCAAUGAAAACUUUUAAGAAUGGCUAUGAAAAUAUAUAGAAGCUUCUAGAGAACUGAAAGUAAUAAUGCAGAGUUGCCUUUUCUAGUCCAGCUAAAUGGCAGACCUCAACUAAAGAUAUUAUUUUCUUUGGGUUCUUGGAGUUAUCAAGUUGACUGUGCCAUUAUACUAUUUUGCAAAUAACUUGAUAAAUAAGUUAUUCUUACCUAAAUAACUACAGUCUGUACACAUUUGCUCUCAAUUUAUAAUAGUUAUUUCAUAUUUACAUAUAUUUAAAAAUUAGGAGAAUUAAAAAAAUCAAAAUAAUUUGUAGAUUUUGUGACAGCAAUGAUUUAUGUAUGCCCAAUAUAUGCCUUAUUUUUAAAGGGUUCCAUCCUAUACCAAGAGUCAUUUUGUUAUUGUUGUUCAGAGAAAUUAAGAUCUUAUUCACAAAGAAAAACAUUUUUAUAAAUUGAUCACAUCCUAUUUAAAUCAAAAUGUUAAACUGAAGAUAUAUUAAACUUUGCAGUUUGUAAUUGCAAAGAUGCCUUGGUGUGCCAUCAAAAACACGAAGUCAAUAUCCAACUUAAUUGUUGUAAAUUAUUAUCAGCAUUAACCUAAUAACUUUAAAGAAAGACUGGCAGCAUUGUGACAACUUUAUCUGAAUUUUCAAAUGCCAGGUAAUCUUUAUGUACCUAAUUAUAGAUAGAAAUACUAUUUCCUAGGUGAGAAGAAUAUAUAAAUGUGAAUUUGAUAAAUACAUUGAGCAGCUAUACUUUUUAAUCAGUUAUAUUACUUCUGGAAGAACAUCUCUAAGAAAUAUUUUCUAAGUCUUUUUUUAAAAUAGAAGAAAGAAAACUCAUUUCCCUAGAACAUCUUAAAAAUAUUGUAGUCUAUUCCUGAUCAUUUUUAUCUAUUGUGAAUAUAGAUGAGUUAGAUUAAGUGCCACAUCUUUUGGAUACAUUUCGGAGGGGGGCAGUGGGCAAUGAUAUACAAAAAAUACCAAAUAUAAAAUUUUGCAUCUGGGGGAAUAUUCAGGUUCUAAAUACUAAACUAGAUUAUAAGGUUUUUAUUAUUAUUAUUAUACUUUAAGUUGUUGUUUUAUUAGGAUUUCCUGUAUUAAGUACAUUAGAAGAUAUUUUUUUCUUACCAAGGAACGAUUUGAAAUAGCACUGAUAUAUUUGACCCUUUAGAAUGUCUAGCAUCUUCAGAGAAUGAUCCAUAGUUGGUUGCCUCAGUCCUUUUUUUUUUUCCUUAUGAGAUAUUUUGGUUGAGUAGCAUGUUUUGUUUUGUUUUGUUUUGUCCUGAUGCACAGGGAAUUGAUAUGUGAGACUUUGGUUAGUAUUAAUAGUAGUUACCUAUUUAAUUCCCUCAGUCAUCCCUGAAUAAUCAUCAAUUCCCAUAGUUCAAAUAAAUCAUAAACUAGAGCUAAAACAGUAAAGAUGAAGAAUUUAUGGUGUGAAGUGUGAUUAUUAACAGUGUUCAAGAACAAAACACUUGCUUCCAGAGCAUAAAUAAAUUUUGUACCUGCAUUAAAAGAACAUUUUCUUUGUGAAUAAGAGAAAAACGGUCUUUAGAGUAAAGAAACUUCAUUUAAAAGCCAUUUCUGUGAACAUCUUUCCAAGUUAGAACUAUAAUAAUGGAUUGAGGAAAUAAUACGGAAAAGGCAAAAACUCUUGAUUUCAGGUGUGCAAAGGAUGUGGGCAGAUGGGCAUUUCCCUGUGUGCAUUGCCUUUGAAAAAUUGGGCCUUAAUUUAUAUGUAUAUAACAGUGCUGUGUUCACAUCCCUCUUCUACCUAAAGUUGUCUUUAUUAAUCCAUAUUGUAUUAAAAUUUAGCUCAUAAGUAUUACUUUUAUAUUAUGUCCAUUUUUUUGCAUGUUUAUACUAUUUGCUACAGUAUUUUUAAGUUUUGGGUGAAGGCCAUCAGCUGUGUGGAGAAGACAAAACAAUCACUAUUUAUUCAGUAUUGCUGCUUUACGUUUCCAGAAUAAGCUUUCUAUGCCAGGACAGUGACUGCUUGAAAGCUGCAGGAGCUCUAUUCCAAUGCAUUUUAUAUAUUUUUAGAAACCAAAUACAUGCAGAUAACUAUUUAGUAUACUAAUUAUAUUAAACCAGCAGAAAUAUAAAGGCAAUAAAGUAUAUACAUAUAUAUAGGGGGGGAGGGAAAGAUUAAAAAAUAGGUUUACAGCCAGACAUGGUGAUAGCCCUAAAUAUAUUUCCAAUCUGUCUUUUGGUAUUGACCCAAGGAGGAUUUGAGUUGCUGCAGCUUUAAACAGAUAAUUGCCACGUUCACUACUGUGGACACAUAAAUAUGCUUUUAGUACUGCUUUGCUUAUGUACCAAUAAAAUAUCUGUAAUAUGUAUUAUAUGUAAUUCUUUUUUUUUUUUUGACUUUCAUUUCAAAAUGUAUAUUUUCUGAUUAUUAUCAUGAGCUGUAAAACAAAGGAUCAGUAUCUGAUAUUCUCCCAAGUAAUAAAUUUUCAGGAUUCAUUGGGGCAUUACA